AUGGAAGGUUUUCUGAUUCUUGGUUCGGAGAAUGCUGUAACAGCCGGAGAUAAACAUAAAGGUGAAAAAUUAACCAAUCCAUGUCUUGGAAGUGCUGCAAGGAGAAAGCUUGCAGACAUUAGCAAUGUGCCACAAAAAUCUAGGCCCUCAUUUCAAGGGGAGAAACCACAAUCUCUUUCAAGAACUACUAAAGAGUAUAUUGCCCAGAUCCAAAAGGAACACGUGGCUCUAGUAACGAUGCUGGCACAGAGAAACAAAAUCAUUGAACAGAGUGGGAUUGAGUUAGAAAGACUGCGAGUGAACCUGCUUAAAAUGCAGGAACAGAAUCAACAACUUGCCCAGUCCAACACUAAAAUGCUCACGGAAUUAAAUUCAGGUAAAGAUCGGUUGAGAGCAUUACAACAUGAGCUUGGAUGCAAAAAUGGUUUGCUCAGAGCAAGACAGUUGCAGUUCGAGGAAAAAGAAAGAAUGAAACCUUGCCAAAACGUUGAUGCUGAGGUGAAGUUGAUCAAAUGUGAAGAUCCAGGCAAGUCCUUGAUAGAAGAUAGAGGAGAUCGAAGACCUCAAAAUACGAGGAAGAGGUCACAAUCAUACAGAUCAUCCGAUCAAGUCCAGUCUGUGAGUAAGACUGAAAAGAAAAGAUCCUCUGUGAGGAGGCAAUCUGCCAGGUUUAAAGCUGAAGAAAAAAAGCCUGCUGAGGAUUUGUUCGAGAUAUGUGAUGCCAGAUUUCCAGUAUGUUCGUUGCCUGAUAAUACAGUCCUGGAAAAUGAUUCAAUUUCAGCAAGUGCAGCAGUAAAAAAUGAAGUAAAGGAAUGCGUUUCUGCACCAAGAUAUGAACCUCAAAAGUUUGGAAGAUCAUCUCUCGGCAGGCCAUCACGCCAAGCAGCCAUAAAGGUCCAAUCUUACAAGGAAAUUCCACUAAAUGUCAAAAUGCGCAGAUAA